UGGCACAUGGGCGGCACUGAAAGUGCCGUCUUUGUGUAGCAUAUAUGUUUGAUGAAUUGUUCAUUAGAGAGACAGACUAAUUUGGUUUCUCUUGUACCCUGUGGAAAGUGAUCUUCACGUUCUCUUCGGUUGCUCUUCUCUGCAACUUUUAUCUGUUUCCUUUCAUUAGAAAAUUCACUGGGAGGUGUUUGUGUGGAGAAUUUUGACUGGUAUUUUCCCAAAGGAUUCAGUGCUUUGGAGUUUGUCUGGCUAGAGAGAAAGAAAAUGGAUGGUAAGAGGCAAGUGGGUUCUUCUUCUUCUUCCUUCACUGCUGAACUUUUUGGCAUCAAGGAGUCACCAGCAUCUAUGUCCACUGGGAUUUUUGCUUCCAUGUUCCCUGCUCCAUCUGUGGUGAUAGGGAGGAACUCCUCAAGCUCAAAGGCCUUAGAACCCUGGAAAAAACAGCCAAUGGAAAACCAAACUUGGAGUUUGAACCAUAGAAUGCAAGGUAAAUUAGCUUCUUAUCCAGAAGGUGGAGCCUAUAACAUACCGAACAAGGAGAGAAACUCUAUUUAUCAGGAAGGAAGGGCAGAACCUUGUCAUCUAAGUUCAUCUCUUUACUAUGGUGGGCAAGACAUCUACUCUCAUUCUCCAAGCACUCAAACCUCUGCAUCAUACCCUGUUUUCAACAAAAAUGAGGGAGAAGAUGACCCUAUUGGCAAUAACUCACAAGGUGCUUCUAGAGGAAACUGGUGGCAAGGCUCCCUUUAUUAUUAAGGUCUAGCCUUCCUUAAUGCAUGUGAAAUUUCUGUAGGAAUGCAUAUAGCCAUCGCAAUAACUAAUAAUUUUGCAAGAUCUGUACAAGAAUAAAUAGAAACUAAGUCAGGGAUUUCCAGGGAUUUGUUAUGGUUUCUUCCAGUACAAAUAUUCUCCCCCAUACUUUUUGCUGGAAAAAUGAUGGUGGAAAGGUAUUGCAAUGUCUGUUACCCUCUAUAUGGGUUUAAGUUUCUUAAGCAGUUGAAUAAUGUUUUAUGCCCAUUUUUCUUUUAAAAGGAUUGGCAAAGAACAGUUUAUAAAUGUAAAUACUGAUA